UAGCUUGUCGGCUACAGAAAUAAAGCUCCUUCACACAGGCAGCAGCGGAGACGGUGUCCGCACUGACUGUAAACGCCACAACGGUUCACUGAGGUCGAGUAGGUCAGCAGGAGAGGUUUAUUAGCACAGGUAGAGAACUAGCUGAAGCAUAAAAUAAGAAAUAAAACACAGUUAUUAGUGUUUUUUGUGUGUCAGGUGUUGAAGGCGGGCUAAGUUAGCUAGACAGAGCUAGCUAACAUCAUCAAUUAGUCCAUUAGCUAGAUUAAACAGGGACAGUGGCUGUUAGUUGUACAUCGAGUUAAACGGUUUUUAAGAAUAAUUAAAGCGUUUCAUUGAAUCGCUGUGAGCAUCCUCAGUCGGUGAUAUUUAGUCCUUCAGCUCGGUGACGUUGAGGAGCUGCGAUGGACUUCCUUGCUGGAUGCGUAGGAGGUGCUGCUGGAGUCUUGGUUGGACACCCUUUUGACACAGUUAAGGUGAGACUUCAGGUCCAAAGUAUCGACAAGCCUCUGUACCGCGGGACUUUCCACUGUUUCCAGUCCAUCAUACAUCAGGAGUCGGUGUUUGGUUUGUACAAAGGCAUUGGCUCCCCCAUGAUGGGCCUUACGUUCAUCAAUGCCAUAGUGUUUGGUGUUCAGGGAAACACCAUGCGGCUGCUGGGACAGGACACCCCAAUGAACCAGUUCCUCGCUGGUGCCGCAGCAGGUGCGAUCCAGUGUGUCAUCUGCUGCCCCAUGGAGUUGGCGAAAACCCGCAUGCAAAUGCAGGGCACUGGAGAGAAGAAGUCCACAAGGAAGCUGUACAAGAAUUCCCUGGACUGCUUGGCACGCAUCUACAACCGGGAGGGGCUGCGGGGCGUGAACAGAGGCAUGGUCACCACAUUUCUCCGCGAGACACCUGGCUUCGGAGUGUAUUUCCUGGCCUAUGAUGUGAUGACGCGCAGCCUUGGUUGCGAGCCAGAUGACCGCUUCAUGAUCCCCAAACUGCUGUUUGCCGGGGGCAUGGCUGGCAUCGCGUCCUGGCUCUCCACCUACCCUGUGGACGUGAUCAAAUCGCGGCUGCAGGCGGACGGGGUGGGCGGUGUCAACCAGUACAGUGGCAUUGCUGACUGCGUGCGACAGAGUGUCAGGAGAGAGGGCUACAUGGUGUUCACACGGGGCCUCACCUCCACGCUGCUACGAGCCUUCCCUGUGAAUGCGGCGACCUUUGCUACUGUCACACUCUUCCUCAUAUACGCCCGCGGGGCGGAGGAGGGGCCUAAAGACUGUGAGAUGGCUCAGCCAAGCCACCACGCACAGAUGCAGCAGCAGGCCCAACCCUCCAGCCUGUGAUGACCCACAGGUCUCACCCUCACGGCAGGCACUUUACAAGAGCAUGGAAAGACAAAAUCUACAACAGACUCUUUACUACUGUCUGACUCAGUCUCCCAUCAGACCAGUCAUUCCCACAUUUGAGACAGAAAUACCCGGUUUAUAUAAACGCUCGUUUAUACUUCAUGUCAAAAAGGAAAAAACUGUAUUUAUUUUUUAGCCAUGAUUUUACAUUUCAGGUUUGCCUCUGAGGAGGCAGACUGGUAAAGGGGACGGUUUUAGCAGCAGCUUAAAUCUCGUGUGUGAAGCUGAUCUAGACUUGUUACUGAGCCACUAAAGUACUGUAAGUCCGUGGCUGGGUAGUGUGUGCACCGUAGAGCCUGACGGUUGGCAUCUUGAAAAGUGCAGUGUUUAACUGAACCUGUAUAUAUCGUUGACUUAUAUCUUUUUUUAAUGUAUAUUGGAAAUCUUUUUCCUGCCUUAUAAUAUGAAUACUUUUAUUUUUGUUUGAGGAAGCUGAAGCACCUGUUUGUACCUGAACUGUAGCCUCUUAAGAGCCGAGCAAGCAAGAGAGAGGGAAUGUAGCGUUUGAUAAGAACUCGCGUGUGCUAUCAAACCAAAAAACAUAUUGCAGCUACAACCGAAUCCUCACUGAAGCACUAUUACUCCAUACUGAACAUAUCAGUACCUACUGUAAACAGAAUCCACUGGUCUGAAGGGCUCUUCAGGGACCGAAUGUAAAGUCUGGUCAUGUGUAAAUCUGGGUGUUAGAUGGCGUUAUGUUGUAUGUCUUGUUUAGCAUGUUGUGUCCCCCUGUUUUAUUUUAUUUUUGUAAAGUGCUGUUAUUUUUCUAAGAAUAGCUUUUAAGUCUGCGCUUGAUGUGGUUAUAGCAGGGUCAGAAAUGUAUUCUAGGGGCUCUCUUUAAAGUUUUGGAAAUGGUUAAAACUGAGAGGCCUUUAAAUGUCCAAAUAUUUUGGAUGGCCCUCGUUCAUUUUACUCCAUUUGUAUUUAACUUGUUGUCAAAUGUUAAUGUGUAAUAGGGACCACUGUGGUGGUGAUUUGUGGCAGACUAUAGCCCCCUUUACACAGCCUGCUCAAGGCUGUCAUUGCACCUGACCGCUCUGUUUAAAGCGUAUGAGCACUGAAUGAGGGGAGGGAGUUGUAGUAGGCACUGGAGGCAGUAACAGAGCGGAGUUGGCGUUAAGUAAUGGUGUGUUCAUGCGUCUUGUUAUUCACACAUAUACAGCUGCUGGAGUGUUUUGUGUAGUAUUUUGCAGCUGGUGAAUUUUUGCCCUGAACAGUCGUGCUAACAGCCGUGCUAACUAACUGGGGAAGGCAGCUAACGGCUAACUUGGUUUGCAGUAAAGUAAAACCAAUAGCUAGAAUUUAGGGAUGUGAAAAUGGAGGCUCCGUGCUUCUAACCAGCAUGAACUAAGACAGCGACACGCACAAAUUUUAAUUACUUAGAGCACUUUGCUAAGAAGCAACUAAAUGAAAUGGCCCACACACGUCACAAAUACAUAGCUUAAGAACUUCGCAUGUAGUCCUGUGACUUUGCUCACUUUUCUCCAAGUCCUUUCUUUUUUUUGUUCUGUCUCUACAGUACUGACGUUCAGUGGCAGAGCUCCGGGUGGCCUCAGGUGGCCACAUUGUUUGUUCUGAUUCUCGGUGACAUCAGAGGAAUCUCAACCAGAUCUUAACUCUGAUAUUCUUUCGCGACACAGCAUCAUGCAAAUGAAAAAUUUCAGCUCAAGUGAAGAUGCACUAGCCACGUUGCCCUGUGUGACUUGACAGUUAUGAAUUAAUGGGGGCAAAAACAUUUCAUGUGAACAGCCCCUAAAAGGGACAGCCAGCACACGGGACUGCACACACACACACACACACACACACACACUAGAUGGGGUUGUGUUAAGCAGGAUUUAUACUUGUGUGCCAGCUCUCUGCAGAGCUUGCGCCUAUGUGAGCAUUUAUAGUUGUGCAGUGGUGUGUCUGUGUCACUCUGCAGUUACACCUCCAAAACACUAGUUGGUGGUGGGGUUUCUGUGAAGUGCUGUAAAGUUCAGUUGAUUCAAAACACACAUUAAACACACAUUAAACAUGGCUUAAUAGAGACAGUUUCAAACACAAGUACACAAAUCAGCUUCACUAUAACUCGCAGCAUUCACAGACAAACACUUGUCUUUAUCUGGACACAUUUCCCCCACAAAUACAACAUGCUAACGUUAUUAGCACAAGCCUAUGGCAUUUUACAUUGUGUAAAUUAGCCUAGCGACUAGCAGAGAUUUCCUCUGCUCAUAUGAAGCUAGAAUAAAAAACCUACCACACUUAAAAUGCUAUUUUGUGAAGGGAAAUGGUUUCAGCUUACAAAGACAUAGACAGGAGGUCUGCAUCACCAAGACCUUGAAUUACAUGGGGGGAGGUGCACGUCAGGCUGCGGAGUAGGGUACAUUGCAGGCUCUACAUUGAUGCGAGCCUACGACAUAGGUACGGCAUUGAUUUGACGCCUAAGUAUAAAUCCCCCCCUUGCACAUCACUCCUCUUUUACUUCCGAAACAGCAGCAUGCUAUCCACAAUCAUAAAUCAUGGCAGCAUUAUGCCGGCGGUGUUUCAGUAUAAACAAUCUAAAGCCAGUGUGACGAUGGAUCUUCUUAAUGGCAGUGUUGCUGAAUCUCUGUGUAAAAGAGGCUUUACUCUGAGAUUGUUUCACGUGCGUGACGGUUGGAGGAAAUCAGAAUUAAAAGUGACUGAAGAACAAUUAAAUUUGUACCCAAAAGUACUCGAAGCCAGCUGUUGCUUCAACAAAAAACAAACAUUGUUAAAGGUUAAACGAUGUAAAAUAACCCGAGGUGUGAAUGAUUAGUGGAGGACAGAGCCUUUUAAUGAGCCUCUAAAAUGCAGAAAGUUAAUUUAUAACUUAAGUUAGUGUUUAUUGGGCAGAAAGUUUUGUCAGCUUAACUUGGCAAAUGCGUGUCUCCCCAUAUUAAUAUACUGCAUUGGAUUGGGGCUUUAACUUGACGUAUUUAUUUUCUAAUUAAUUUAAUGAUGUACAGGUAUUGUUAGUGAGUGGGAGUUGUCUGCUUUCUGCAUGUGUGUGCUCAGUAACCAGUCAUAUUUUUGUAAUGUAUGCCUGAAUGUCAAACAUCUUGCUCCAAAGCAAUCAAAGUUUGUCCCCUCUAAAACGCUAACGUGUCAGUCCCUGUUAAAGCAGUAAGUCGUCAGCGCUGCUGAAAACCUGUUCCCCUGAAUGCUUCUCUGAGCUGACGUCUGACCCAGCGUUACUGCUGUCAUGUGUGCAUUAAGACUGCUAUGAAAGGCACCUUUAGUAUGUUGAUUGUAACACACCUGUAUUGACCCGCAGGUGUUUCAGCUGAAGAGUUGAAGGCAUAGGAAUACAUAUAUUUUUACUGUACUGCUAUGGUUGAAGGACAGAAUGCUAAUUGUCAUUCAAUGCUGCUGAGAAACUUGAAACUCUCUGAGGCUUUGUACUCUGGUUUGAUGGUGUGUGAUGAUGAGAAAUCAAAGUGUGUUAAGUGCAAAGGGAUUUUUGGUAUGUGUGUAGAAGUUGCUCAAUAAUUCCACCUCUUUAAACAGUGACUGUUAUCUCUGUACGGUAGAUUACAUCUGAAACUUUGCCGUGUGAGCGCUAACAUGUAGUCCUGCUGAUGUGAAACUGCAAUAUGUACAGGAUGUUAUUAAUGUGAGAUAUAUAAACACAUACAUAGUGUGUAACAUAUUUUUCAGUCUAAAGUAGUCGUGUGGUUCCCUCAAUGUCUGCCGUUUUUAAAGUCUCUGUUUAAUCAGUUUGAUUCAGCUGAAGAGAUUUUACCUGAAAAACUGAGACGUGAUAUUUUUGUAACAUAGUCCUGCAGAACCUAUUUGUCUAGAUUUGUCACUGAGGAUCUGUACGAAUGGGUGAAUAAAAAUGAUUC